AUGGCAAACUUGUAAAUAAUUGAAACUUCAAAUAAAUAUCUAGAUAUUUUCCUAAGCUAAACUUGGUGCCCAAGUCUCUAUAUCAUCUUCUCCAUUUUGUGGGUGCCGAAUUCUUCACAAAACAAAACACAAAAAUUUAUACUUUCAUUUUCUCUCAAAACUUUCUUCACGAAAAUCGUCGGAAAUAUUGCGUAGAUCGUGUGUGUGUGUUUGCAUGUUCGUUUGAGAUCCAGCGAGUUUUGUCGCGGAAACCGGCGAGCAAAGGUUUUGAAUAUUCGACGGGUGGUAUUUUUAUAUUUGGAAUAAGCGAGUACUGUGAGUGUGUUUACAACUUAUACUGCUAAAUAUUAGUAUUAAAAAUAUUGCGAACUGCUUUACAUGAUUUGCAAAUGCUUUAUUUUAUUUUGAAUUUAAAUCGCAUGAACUAUUCAUAGUGUUGAAACCGAUUUAGAUUCAUUGAAACGUGCUUACUAUUGGGCGGCAAUAGUGCUGUGUGAUCACCGGUAUUGCAUUUAGAAUGGGUUGCAUGUGAAAAUGGUAUGUGGAAAUCUGGACGACGGUCUGGAAGUCAGGCGACGGCCUAGACAUAUGGCAGAUCUUCAGAGGCAACGGAAUAUAGACGACCAAAGGCAGUCAGCAAACUGCCGAGAUCUGAGAGGUUGAACCUUUUAUUAAAAAAAGUGAAAUUGGCGACAGUAUUUAUGUACUGCCGAAAUCCGUUGUAUUGUAAGAAGAGUCUGGGACUUUCAAAUACGUAAAAUAAGAGUAAUCGGAUUUGACAGGCUAAAAGUACAAAAAGAGAAAAUAAAUACGGCCAAAGAAAAAUAAAAGGUUAACCCGAAUGGAAUGGAAAAAAAAAUGGAAUAUUUAUGUUUCCUGUGUUGAAAGCAUAUAGGAACAUGAAUCAUGGUUUAGGGUUUCAUAUGAAUCGGUAAUCUGGAAUGCAUUGCUUUCAUAUUAAUGUUUAUUAGUACAUGUUGUACGCAUUCACCAGUUUUUAUAACUGACCCCGUUGAAUUUAAUAUUUUUACAGGCGAGUAGUUUGACGUGUGGAUUUCCAAUUUCUUGUUCCGGAAAUCCCUGGCUUGUAUAAGUGAGAAUGACUUUCCUUUAUGUGUCUAGAGUUGCAGUAGCUAGAAUAAUGAACGGUGAUACCCUAGUAGUCGUUGGACUUAUUUAUGCUUUAUAUUUUAUAACGCUUAAACUCUGAUGAUAUGUAAUAUGUGAAUGCUGUGCGAAAGUCCGAGCGACUGCACUUGAAUAAAAUGCGGCGAACGCAUCUGCAUAGUGAAAUGCAGUUAAGUCCAUUAGAGAAAUGGCCUGCAUAGUGAAAUGCAGUAAUUACCAUAGUAAGAUGGUAUGCAUAAUGAGAUGCAUGAUAAACCAUAGAGAAAUGGUUUUGAAACUAUAAUGCAAUAAUUAAAGAGAAAAUUAUGUGCAUGUUUUAAAUGGUAAUUUUUAUAAGAACGUUUUAAACUGCGAUUUUAAAAUGUUCGAAAAUGAUUUGAAUUCCGCGAAAAUUUUUAAGUGAUUUUUAAUAUAUUUUAAGGCUUGCUACGGGUUUCGGAGCAACCACUCCCAUUCCCUAGCGCCGGUCUCGAUGCCGAGAAUCGGGUCGUGACAAAGGUGGUAUCAGAGCAAUGGUCGAAAAACGGGCCAUUGUCGAGUUUGAUAUCAAAGUGAUGGUUUAUAAUCUUAAACCAUUACUAAUAUGUGAAAGGUGGUAUCAUUGUAAAAUACCGUAUGGAAUGUGAACCUAGGAAAUUAAUAUAUAGAGUCUACUGCAACAUAUAAGUUUCUGUCAUGUCAUUUGUUAAGUCAUCAUUUGUUUUUAAAUAUUCCCAGCUGUGCUCUAGGAUCGAGUCUGUAUGCUUGUUAGGAGUAAGUAGAGCCUGAUAGUAUACGAUUAGAACGCUUAGAUAGAUUUUUAAUAGACGACGUGCUUUGAUCAGAAUGGCUGAUCAGCAUGAGGAAAACAUUCAAGAGGAGAAUGUUCAUGAUGAGGAGUCCGUUCAUAACGAUGCGAUACCCGCAGCAGGCGAAGGUCGUGGUCGUGGACGUGGACGUGGUCGAGGUCGUGGUAGAGGCCGUGGGCCUAAUUUUAAUAUUCCGGGCUUUGAUUUCGAACAAUUUUUAGCUGGCAUAGCAGCCAUGCAAACGAAUCAAGCGGAAGUGCAAAAUAUGCACAGAGAGCAGUUGGAUUACCAACAGCAGAGAGUUGGUGCUAAUGUUGAUCGUGAUCUCGUUAUGGCUUACAUGAGGCUCAAGCCCAUGAAGUUUGAUGGAUCAAACGAUGCAUUAGAUUUCUUGGAUGAAGUAGAGAUGAAUGCUAGACGUCUUAAUGCUAGUGAAAGACAGUCUAUACUGAUGGUGGAGAUGUCAGUAAAAGGAUCUGCGAAGGAUUGGUUUCAAAGGCAUAUUCAACCAAGUAUGGGAGAGAUGACUUGGAAUGAAUUUGUCACUCGAUUUAAGGAAUUCUUUCUGCCGUUAUCAGUAACGGAGAAUCAUCGAGAGAAGUUGUUGAAUUUGAACAAGAUAGGAAAGACGGUGCAGGAGUAUGUGACGGAGUUCACAAGGUUGAGUCGUUUCACACCUGAUCUGAUGUUGGAUAGAGAUAGGGUGAAUUCAAGGUUUAUUAAGGGGCUAGGACCCGAAUAUAUUGGAUUGCUAUCUGAUGUAAGGAAGGAUUUGGUGCAAAUCAUCGAUAGUGCACGUCAGAUGGAAAGUACUUUGAUCCAAUUUGGAAAGAUCAAUGUUACUGGUGAGCUCGUAAGAGAAGGAACUGCUAGUUCGAAUACGAACAGGUUCACUGGACCAUAUCGUAAAGGAUUUAAGAAAGGAAAGAAAGAUAGGAGGUUCAGUAUGUCUGGAUCAAGUUCUAGUGGACGAAGUUCAGGAGGAACAGUACCACUAUGUAAUACUUGUGGGAAGAAGCAUUUUGGGGUAUGCUUUAUGACGAGAGGUUGUUACACGUGUGGGCAGCAAGGUCAUUUCUCAAGAGAAUGUCCUAUGUCUAGACCACAAGGUUCAAGUGCUAGUGUUGUUCAACCAGUGUUUCAACAACCUAGACCUGUAUAUCCUGCAGUGUCUGGGCAGGCACAGAACCAGAAUGUGUUUAAUGGACAACGUGGAAGAGGAUAUGGUUUUGGUAAUCGUGGUGGAGGAAGGACCAUAGGCGGACGAGGAUCUGGAGCAACUGCUAGCGGAGGGCAGGCUAGAGUUUUUGCGAUCAAUCCUCAAGAGGCGAAUGCGUCGAAUGCGGUAGUGCAAGGAAUUCAACCUGUGAUUUUGCAAAACCCAUUGUUAGUAGCUACACCUGUAGGCGAAAGCAUAGACGUUACUAAUUCGACGUCAUCCUAG